CAUUAGGGCAUUGAAUCAUUGAUUUGCAUGCAACGCACAAGGUUAACAAGUGUAUAUUGUCGGCUUAUAGCCUUCAAAGCAGGUGCCAGGUCGGAGACUUAACCCCCUUUCUUCAGGCAAAGCAGCAGCAGAUACAACAUGGCCUACAACUUGUACCAGGUGCAGAUGUCGAACGCCUGGGCCGAGCGUAUCAACAAGGAGAUGGCCCAGGCAGAAAAGUUCUGGAAUCAGCAGGUGCAGCAACUGGAGAAGUCAGGGCCCGGUCCACGACUCGGGGUUGCACCAAGCGAGGUCUUCGUAGGUGAAGCUAUGGAAGCUCGGUCUAUGGCGGGAGAAUCAGCUCAUGCGCGCUCAGCCGCACCGACAGGCUUCACUUCGAAAACAGCGUUCCUCCGCUCUCGGAUGGAGAAGCUUGAAGCUGAGCUGCUAGCUGAGCGAGAGUCGCGGAGGAAGGUGGAAGAGGACCUGCAGCAGCUGCGGACAAGCAUGAAGCGCCGCUGAGGCUGCCAUGACAUUACGGGCGCCCUGCUGUUUCACAAGUUUCAUUAGAUUUGUGCAUGGAUGUGCUGUCUUAAUGUGGCAGUAGAGACCAUUACCCCUUAACCCUAGGAUGCUGCCGCGCCUGGUGUGCAGAGAUGUGCUGGGGUAAUUGCCCUUGGCAGGAGUUAGAGAGUUUAGCUUCCGAUGGCUACAAAAAACAGAGCAUCAUAAGCUCGGAUGCUCUUGUCUGGCGUAGGUAGACAUGUAUUAAUUAGUUCAAUAUGCUGGAAAGCUGUACGGAACGCUGUCCACGUUGUAUUUCACGUGCUUGAGGGGUGUAUGUAUGUACUGCGAAUAGUUAUUAGCCGUCAGGCAUUAAACAUGGCAGAGUUGUGGCCUGUGACCUUUUCUGUGACUCGGUUACGAGUACAUGUGACGACCUGUUAGACAAGUGUAUAUGCUUUGGGCAGUAGGUCAUGGUAGGUCUUUCGCCAUGUGUCCUGUAUCCUUUCAGGGUCCACCCACCGACCCAUGCAUGGGUUUACUCCGUACUCUAGGUUACUGUUGGUGGUGGCGAUGGUUUACGCUGAUGCAUGGGCUGUGAUUUCGCUCGCUAUGACGGAAACCUGUUUUAUUGCACAUACUGAAAUCUCAUCAUUCAAUGUGCAAUUCUUUGUAAUUGUGACAGACUU